UUAAAUAUAUCUAUAUUUACCUCGGUCUUGCGAUUGUUCCUACUUUGUAAAUUCUCCGCUAUUCAUCCACUGUUUAUAGUGUUUCCAGGCCUUUACUAACAUCAUCGUGACAACUUAAACCGCUCGUAUUUUCAGAUAAUUGUACAAUGGCCCAGGACGGGGUAAUCCUACAAUUUAACUUUCCAACGUUCGGGGACUCCAUGCUCCAAAAGAUGGAUGUUCUUCGUAGAGACCGACGUUUCUGCGAUGUAAUCGUCCGCAUCAAUGACUUAGAAGUGCCUGGACACAAAGUGGUAUUUGCUGCUGGUUCCCCAUUCCUUCGAGACCAGUUUUUCCUUCAGGACUCACAGGAAGUACAAAUAUCUACACAGCAGGAUGCAGAUGUUGGACAGAGACUUCUUCUCUCCUGCUACACUGGGACACUUGAGUUUCCUGAGCUGGAAUUAGUACACUAUUUAACUGUUGCUAGCUUCCUACAGAUGGGUCAUAUUGUAGAGCAGUGCACCGAAGCUCUAAAUAAAUUCAUUAAACCUCAUGAGGUCAAAGAUGAGCGUGGAUCAUCUCGGCAGCCAUCGGAUUUUAACGCACAGCGUGCCCCACCUGUUGUGGAGACACUGUGUGAUGAAGAUGACGAGGUGGACAAUGAUGGGGAAGAUGACUUGGAGGAUGAUGAUGUGAUCAUAGAGCCAAAAUCUCCACCAAUGUUCAGAAACUCUCAGCACAGGAGCAGAGAAGACAGUCCCAUUAGCAUUGUUAAGGUGGAGGCAAUAGAUAAUAACCGAAUGCAAGGCAUCACUGAUAACUUCCAGACUCGCUCGACUCGUUCUCCAACACUUCGCACACCAGAGCCACAACACUCCCUGAUAAACUCCACAGUGGAAACCCGCUCCACUGAGAUUUCGGUUAACCCUGCGGCUGAAUAUUCCCACUCCCCACCAGGGCCCAGUGGGUCUGGGAAGGGUAACCUUUGGGGAUGCUCCAGGAAUGUUGACAAAGGUAUGCAGUGGUACCACCAGUGCCCGAAAUGUGCCCGUGUGUUCCGUCAACUGGAAAACUAUGCCAAUCACUUGAAGAUGCACAAGUUGUUUAUGUGCCUCUUGUGUGGAAAGACGUUUACUCAGAAAGGAAACCUGCACCGGCACAUGCGUGUUCAUGCUGGCAUCAAGCCCUUCCAAUGUAAAAUAUGUGGAAAGACUUUCACUCAGAAGUGCUCACUGCUGGACCAUUUGAAUCUUCACAGUGGGGACAAACCACACCGUUGUAAUUACUGUGACAUGGUGUUUGCACAUAAACCAGUUCUCCGCAAACACCUGAAGCAGAUCCAUGGCAAGAACAGUUUUGACAAUGCUAAUGAAGGGAGUUUGCUGGAAGGGCUAUAAAUUAAUAGACCAAUAUAAAACUAUUAUAUUCAUAUACACAAGAUACAUGUCUUUUGAGAUACAGGUAAUUCUGUGAAUACAUAUUACUAGUAGGGUGGCACAAUUAUGACACAAAUCAUAAUUAUGAAUGAUUUCCCUUAAUAUUGUAAUUGCGAUUAAUUUUGAUUAAUACGAUUUACAUUAAAAUACGUGGAUCAAACAAAUGCCAUAUUUACUUGUGUAGGCUACACUUCCAAAACAAGCAGGGAACUGUUUCUGAAUGACUUUUUAGCUGUUUUAUCAGUAGGAUGAAAAACAAAUUGAUUUUUAACUAAUUUCAAUUAUACACAGAAAACAAACAACAGACUUGUUUUUGACUGGUUAAAAUGCUCUACUUCUUCAAAAACACACAUUAAAUAGAUGCAACAAAGAGUGAUUAAAUCGAAACUUCUCAUGAUUAACAGUUAAUUGUGGCAGCUGUAAUUGUAAUCUCAAUUAAUUAUUUGAUUACUCAUGCAGCCCUAAUUACUAAUAAGUGUAUUCAAAAUUGAUCAAUAUCACUUGUGUGCUAAUUGAUCAGUAUGUUUGUAUUCAAAGGCAGGUUUAUUGCCAUUUUUUCACAUUUCAGUCAAAGGGAGAAAAAAACGAUGUAGUAUUGAAUGCUGUUGUGGCAUUAUUUCACCGGGUCAUAUCUUUUGUAAAGAUUACAAUGUACUGUUACAGUAUAUCUACCAGACCAUAUUUUGUUUUUGACCAAGUCAACAGUGUAAUGCUAGCUAUUUGAAUGAGUGCUGAUUUAUUACUUCUACUUUACUCAUUUGGAAACACAAGCUAUAUUUGGACACUAUGUGUAACUCUUUGUCUAUACUGAAUGUUGUCAUACU